AGGUAGUCGGUAUCUGUGCGAAGUACGGAGUACGUAUAUAUUCUCCCCCCACAACGCGUGGCGGCGAGAUGUGGACUAGCGUCCAUCCCGAUGUAAUACUCCGGGCAAUAUGUUGCGUUUGUUCGCAUUUCUUGAGCUCGAGUCCUUGACGCCCUCCUUGUUUCCUUGGCUCGCUUGGAGCGAGCUCCUCGAGCUAACCCGCCCGGACUCCAGUAGCCACGCGACCGCAAGCUUGUGCCAACAACUCCACCGUCCCCCUUUAUCGAAAAGACUCGACACCGGUUUCAACCUCCAGCAAAUAAUGUGGCUUAGCUGUAUCCGUACUGAUGCUUGGACCGACGGUUGUACUCUGUACUUCGUUACCUUAAGGUAGGUAGAUACGUUGUAACUCUACCUUAGCUUAGGCAGGGGUCUGGCUGGUUGUCGAGAAGCCCAUGCACGUUUGUUUGCUCUUCAAGCGACGUGCAUGAUUCCCUACAUAAUCCGUCGUCGAUCCCUCUUGACGAAUUCCAGGUUCUCU